AUGGAGGGCGGCGGAGGCGCCUACGGGGCGGCCAAGGCCGGCGGUGCCUUCGACCUGGUGCGCUUCGUGCAGCAGCCGCAGGUGGUGGCGCGGAUCGUCAGCGCGGUCUUCGCCCUGAUCGUGUUCGCCUGCCUGGUCGGGGAUGGCUACAUGAGCCGGCCCGAGAACCCGCAGCUCUACUGCAUCUUCAACCACAACGAGGACGCCUGUCGCUACGGCAUCGGCAUCGGCGUCCUCGCCUUCCUCGCCUGCAUCUUCUUCUUCAUGGUGGACGUCUAUUUCCCCCAGAUCAGCAACACUACGGACCGCAAGUACCUGGUCCUGGCCGACCUCGGCUUCUCAGGUCUCUGGACUUUCCUGUGGUUCAUCGGCUUCUGUUUCUUGACCAACCAGUGGUCCUGGACACGGGCUGAGGAUGUGUUCAUCGGAGCGGACUCUGCCCGCGCUGCCAUCACCUUCAGCUUCUUCUCCAUCUUCUCCUGGGCACUCCUGCUCACCUUUGCUUACAAGAGGUACAAAAUGGGGGUGGAGGACUUUGCUCAAAGCUAUGCUGACCCCAGCCCGGGGGUUCCGACUCCCUACUCCAGCUAUCCCAACAUCAGCCACGAGAGCUACCAGCAGCCGCCCUUCACGCACACGGCGGAGGCCCCGGAGGGCUAUCAGCCUCCCCCGGUGUACUGAGCCCUGGCUGGCUCCCGCGGGACGGCUGAACAGUGCAAUUCCU